AUGCGACUGCCAUGUGCUCCUAGCCGUGCACUCAGAGCAGUCCGGACGCCAUUGGCGUUCGCUCGCAAUGGCCAGUGGCACUCGCUGCAUACCGGCACUUAUAAUGCUGCGGUCAUAGGAGGUGGUAUCACAGGCCUAACAACAGCUUUCCGCCUAACACAGGACCCAGCAUGUUCCAAAAUCGCACUCUUUGAGGAAGCCCCUGAAGUAGGGGGGUGGAUGAGCUCUUCAGUAGUCAAAGAUCCUGCUGGGAACCAGGUCGUCUUCGAAGACGGGCCGCGGACCUUGCGGGCUGUGGCACCUGCGUGUCUUCCGCUUCUUGACUUGCUAGUCGAGCUCGAUUUACUAGACGAUGUACUCAUAACCAGCAAAACCUCCCCGGCCGCCACGAACCGUUUCAUAUACUACCCAGAUCACCUUGUUCGCCUACCGACCCCUGAUCCCCGGAGCGGUUUCUUCGGGCACGCUUUCGAAUUAAUUAGGACGGUGUUCACGGAACCCCUUUUCGAGAACGCAGUGUGGAAUAUCCUCUCGGAGCCGUUGAAGCCGCGCCCGGAGCGCAGGCCUCAGGAUGAAUCCCUCGCGGAAUUUUGGUCACGGCGGCUGUCCCCCGAAGUCGCGGAUAACCUGGUGUCUCCAGUAUUCCAUGGCAUUUUUGCGGGUGAUAUUGACCGUCUGAGCGCUCAGUACUUGAUGGGAGCAGCUCGGGAAAUGGAAAACCAUGAACGUCGCGUGAUCGGGGGCUACUUGGACACCAUGUCAUCGGGAGUCAAAUACAUGGUGAUGGAUGACCUGCUGGCUUUGCAUUCGCUGUCGAAGACUAAGCAGAAGGCAUACUGGAGGAGUCUCCAGACGUUGAUCAGGGGGGCUAGUGUCUUGACGUUCAAGAAUGGGACGCAACAGCUUGCUCAUCGUUUGGCUGAGGUGUUGCGCCAGUCUAACAAAGUACGGUUAUUAACUGGCACCGAGGUGACGGCCAUCAGCCAGAAUCCGGAUACUUCUGACUUGACCGUCCACUAUGGAGAAAACAAGUCUGAAUCCUACAACCGUAUCAUUGCUACAAACCCGGCCCCCGAUCUCGCAGAGAAAUUGGCCAAGCCUAUCAGGCCGGGACAGCAACUCCCGCAAAACUCGAUACGCCACUUGAAGGAGCACAAUUACGCUGUGACGGUGGCAGUCGUUAACCUCUUCUUUGAGACGCCUGACCUACUCCCCGUUCAGGGUUUCGGAUACCUGAUCCCGCGGUCCAUCCCAUACGAACAGAAUCCCGAAAGGGCGCUGGGCGUGAUCUUUGGGUCUGAGACCAGUAUAGGCCAAGAUACGAGAGACGGCACAAAGGUCACGGUGAUGAUGGGCGGUCAUUGGUGGGACGGCUGGAAGGAAUCCGACUAUCCCUCCACCGAAGCCUCCAUUGCCAUGGCCCGUGACGUACUCGCAAGACAUCUUAACAUCACCGAGGAACCUAUAUUGGUUGGGGCAAAUUUGAAGAAGAAUGCCAUUCCACAGUACACCGUGGGGCACCUGUCGCGCAUGGAGGAAUUAUCAGAAGCUGUCCGCCAUGACUUCAAGAACCGGCUGACUCUGGCUGGAAAUUGGUACAAUGGCAUCGGGGUGACGGACUGUAUUCGGCAAGGAUACAUGGCUGCGUCGUAUGGCGUUGGUGCAAUGAAGCUCGACGCUCCGAACCGCAAUGUCCCGUGGGUAAGGCAUAACUGGGAGAAUUGGGAUCUGGAGGGAGGUAUUCCAAUGUCCCCUGUGCGGUGGACGGAUACCUUUGCAUCGGAGCGCAGUCAGUUCUACUGA